AUGACCCUGAGAUUCAGACCCCCAAAAAAAAAUCAUGACCCUGAGAUGCCCAAACCCUUUGGUGGAACGGGGAAAGGGGAAGAGACAGAAGUGGCGAGGAUGUACUUCUACAAGGAUGUUGUCCCACUAUGCGCAUUGAUUGCUAUAGAGUGCAUUAACGUUGGUGCUAGCAUUCUGUUCAAAGCAGCCACUUUCAAUGGCGUCAAUUACUACGUCUUCACCAUCUAUGCUUCUGCAAUUUCUACUCUGGUUCUUCUUCUACCUCUGCCCUUCAUCCUCCGCCGGUCAACUGGGCUUCCUCCAUUCAAGUCGUCUCUGCUUUUCUGGAUUUUCCUUCCCAGACUGAUCGGCCUUGGAGCUCGCCUCUGCGGAGCCAAAGCAAUUGAAUACAGUUCACCUACUCUUUCUGCUGCUAUGAGCAACCUCACCCCUGCUUUUACCUUCAUACUCGCCAUCUUCUGCAGGAUGGAAAAGGUAGAGUUACGAAGUUCAAGCACUCAGGCCAAAAUCAUAGGUACAGUAGUAUCCAUAGUCGGUGCACUCGUAGUUGUUCUCUUCAGGGGUCCUCCACUCAAGUCAGCAUCUUCUCCAUCACCAACUCAUCCAACAAGCUCUCAACUGAAUUCUGCAUCAACACAAACGAAAUGGGUUCUCGGUGGCUUCCUGCUUCUUGUUGAGUGUCUUCUGGUUCCAAUCUGGUAUAUUGUUCAGACCCAUGUUAUCAACGAAUAUCCGGCAAAGCUGAUAGUGGUGUUUUUAUACAACCUGUGCGGGACUAUUAUAUCUGCACCAGUCUGUUUAAUAGCAGAACCAGACCUGAGUGCUUGGAAGAUAAAGCCUGACAUAACACUGCUCUCCAUUAUUUACUCAGGAUUCUUAUGCACAUGCUUAAGCCGUCUGAUUGAAACAUGGGGUCUCCAUCUGAAAGGCCCAGUGUAUGUGUCAACGUUCAAGCCCCUUUCCAUCGCCAUGGCAGCUGCUAUGAGUGUCAUUUUCCUGGGCGAUGUUCUGCAUCUAGGCAGCGCUAUUGGAGCGGCAAUACUGUCGGUGGGGUUUUAUGGUGUGAUAUGGGGGAAAGCGAAAGGGGAAGAAGAGUUGAAAGAGCAGUGCGAGUCAGGCAGCUCACAAUCCCAACCGAAUUGCAAGACUCCUUUGUUGCAGAGCUACGUUGAUAUGUGA